AUGCCUAUUGCGCUGGCCCCUGGAAGUACGUUGUUGUUCCUAGCAAACUAUAACCAUGCAAAUGAGGCUGAAAUGGAAGGGAUGCUAAUGAUUGGUGUAACAGUGGGACUGAACGCAUACUUCACGUAUACGGUGGUUGGGUUCCAUGGAUCGGGACCAGUGAGCUACGGGCUGGCUUUGACGGCAGUGUUCGUCGAGGGAUUUAUCUUCUUUGCAUUGUCACUGUUUGGCAUGCGUCAGUGGCUAGCUCGAGCAAUGCCGAAAUGCAUCAAACUUGCCUCUGGAGUGGGAAUUGGACUUGCCGGCAUUGGAGCGAUAACAGGCGAUCGAGACACCCCCGUUACGCUCGGCGGAUGCGUUCCAAGCGAGAUGGUAGACGGCGUGUGUCCCGGCGGAGCUAAGAUGCGCAACCCCACGCUCUGGGUCGGGAUAUUCUGCGGCGGCAUCCUAACCUGCGUGCUAAUGAUGUACCGCGUCAAGGGCGCCAUCAUCGCCGGCAUCCUACUAGUCUCCGUGAUAUCGUGGCCUCGUCCGACGACCGUCACAUACUUCCCUCACAGCGCCCUAGGCAACGACUCAUACGACUUCUUCAAGAAAGUAGUCACCUUCCACAAGAUCGAAAGCACGCUCGUCCAACAGGAGUGGGAUCUGGGCCAGGCAGGCGGCCAGUUCGGGCUGGCGCUGAUCACUUUCUUGUACGUCGACAUUCUCGACGCCACGGGGACGAUGUACUCGAUGGCACGGUUCUGCGGGGCCAUCGACGAGCGCACGCAGGACUUCGAAGGGUCUGCAAUGGCCUACACGGUCGACGCGCUGAGCAUAUCGAUUGGGUCGCUGUUCGGCUCGUCGCCCGUCACGGCCUUUGUGGAGUCGGGCGCGGGCAUUUCCGAGGGCGGCAAGACGGGGCUAACGGCCAUGACGACGGGGGUGUGUUUCUUGGUGUCUAUAUUUUUCUCGCCGAUUUUCGCCUCGAUCCCGCCGUGGGCGACGGGGUGCACGCUCAUCUUGGUCGGCAGCAUGAUGGUGCGAGUGGCUGCGGACAUCAACUGGCGGUACAUGGGUGACGCAAUACCGGCGUUUGUGUGCCUUGCUGUAAUGCCGUUUACGUAUUCGAUUGCGUAUGGUCUGAUAGCGGGCAUCCUGACUUACGCGUUGCUGAAUACGCUUGUGAAGGUUGUCGAGGUACUGUCGUGUGGCAAGCUUGUGCCUGAGAACAAGGAGUUCCGGGACCCCUGGACGUAUAAGGUUCCCGGGGGCGUGUUGCCUGGCUGGAUGCGGCGGCUGGCCAGGGGUAAGAGGGACUUUUGGCGGGAGGAUGACGAGGAUGAGCUUGGGGGAGCCGGAGCCGGAGCUGGAGCUGGAGCUGGAGCCAAAGCUGGAGCCGGAGCCGGAAGCGAGAGCCAGGUUGAGCUUGACGGGGUGGUCAAGGGUGGGUUGAGGGUGAAACCGCUAUCGGCCUCGGAGGAGUUUGAUAAACUGUCAUGA